AUGCCUGGGUUGAUGAUCGUCAGCAGGGAUGAAGACCUCGUCAAAUAUUCAUGCAUUCACAGCAAGUUUAUGCUCAGGAUAAAAACAGGUCAGCUCGAGCCUCUUCUGAAGCAAUCUCAGGCGCUGCCCUUGGAGGCGCUGCCCUUGGAGGCGCUGCCCUCGGAGCUUCUGCCCUUGGAGGCCCUGCCCUCUGAUGCGUUACCUCUUGAGGCGCUGAUACGAGAGGACCUCGCCCCACGCCCCACUUGCGACGAUGACGAACAGGCGACUGGUGGCUUUGAGGCGGCUGCGUCCCGCAAGCAGCAGCUCAGCGGCAUCUCGACUGCGCCGUAUCUCGAUAAUCGCAGCGACCCACGCAGCGACGGCAGCAGCAGCGGGGACUGUGAGGUCCCGCUGGUGUUCACCAACGCCGUCCACAUCGCCAUCGACUGCGGCGCAGCAGACGUCCUUCGUCUGUUGCUGAGGUACGGAGUCCCGCCCGACAGACCAGGAGUGCCUGUGGCGUCUGCUGCCCAGCAGACCUCAGCAACCUCCAAGAGUGCCAAGCCAAGUCCCAAGGUGUCCCCAACUGGGUUGGGAUCAGAAGUGUUGGACGAACGUACUCGUGACAUGAAACUUAACUUCAAGCCCGACACUGAGGGCGUGAGCGCCCGGCAGUCUUGCGGCGUGUGGCGUGACCACAGCAAGCGGUCGCCAUGUGAGGCGACCACCGACCUCAGGCCGGAGUUCGAGGAGCGUAAGAUGCGGUACCGGCAGGAGGAGGAACUAAGAAAAAGACAGGCGAUGGCUCCCAAUUACGAUGAGGAAAUCAAGAAAAGAGAAACUGCCAACGAAAAGUUAAGAAGAGACAUUGAGGAAGCCAUGAGAAUACGCGACUUGGAGGAAAAACGUAGAUUGAAAGACGAAGAAGAAGAAGAAAAAAGGAAAGCCCUCGAAGCUGAAGAAGGAAAGGACAAAUUUCGGAGCAAUGGUCGCGAGGAAUUGGAGUCGAUAUCUGAAGGGAACCCCAUGACCAUCCCUGAAGACCCGAGCUUGGAGGACGAGGAGACCGGGCAAGAGAAGCGCGACGGCGACGACAAGAAGACGGUGUCGCGGCGCGUGUCGUGGGUGCCGGAGGUGGCCGAGAAGAGCGCUGGAGGUUCACGGGAGAAGCCGGCCUACAAACGGCGCCACUCCGCUAUCGUGCGACGGGCCGUCGUUACCUUCCAGCGCCAGAGGUCCUUCUCGCUGGACAGUCAGCAGCAACAAGUGCGUGAGACGGACGGCGUGGUGAGCGAAGGCGCCACCGUCAGGUUGACGGACCCUAUUGGCGAGCGCAACCGUUCCCAGCCUCGCUACUUCACCUUCACCCAAGCGCAACCAUGGGAGCCUUCCCGCCCCCCAAACAUGGCGGGCCACCGCAGCGCAAGCAGCCGCUUCAGCUCUCAAGGCCCCGCAGCAGGCGAAGGGUCCGCCAAGCUUCUCAUCCUCAACACGAGCAUCGCUCAGGACCGCCUCACCGUCUGCUGUGAUGGCGGGGGCCGGCGCUCCUUCGCUGAAGUCUACACGCGGGAUCAUCUUUACUCGUUGCCGCCACUAUUCCUGGCCGCGUGUAAAGGCAACACGGCCAUCACUUACCUUCUGCUCAAGUAUGGCGCUGCUGCUCUGGUCGUCGACCCCCUCGGCAACACGCCGCUGCAUCUUGCCGUCUGCCAACGAAGUGUCAAUUGGGAGAGCGUCUUGGACCUGCUCGAGUUCGGUGCUUCCAUCACCCUUAGGAAUAGCAUGGGCACCAGGCCUCUCGAUCUACACAACUCACUUGCCAGGUUACAGGAGCAACUCGUCACCGACUGCUUUGCUGUCUUCGAGCCUCCAACGCGGGCUGAGCCUGAGGCAGAAGCGGCAUCUCAGCGCGAGCAGCAGCAGCCUGCGCCCAAGCAGGCCUCGAGCCUCUUCAAGAGGCUGCAGGGCGUCGCCAGCCGCGACAAAGGCACCUCAGUUAACACUGCUGGAGCUGGGAGUAAAGGCCGCGCCUCAGUACACACCACCAACUCGUCUGCCGGCGCGGGCGGCACUGCGGGUGUUCACUGCAGCUCCGGUGGUCGUGUCUCCUCGGCCGGCGUAGGUGGCACAGCAACCGCCCCGUCAGCCACCAGUGGCGGUGGCAGCAUCGUGGUGGGAGGCGGUGGCAGUGGCACGUCAAGGGACAUGGAUGAACUGAGCCUCGCAUCUACUGAGGCGGUGCUGCAUCCCAGCGGCAGCGUCAGGAGUCGCUCGAGCGUCGUGCAUGACCAGUGUCUGGAGCUGACGCUGGAGGACCUCAGUCAGCUCGGCAACCGACGACGUCUCCGCAAGCUGCACGAGGAGGGCAUGGAAACCGUUUAA